CACACCCACACACCCUUCUUAUCCUCACUACUCGUUUCACAUCCAAAAAAAAAUCAACCUCCCUCAGUUACAAAUAUAUUAUUCAAUCCUUAAAUUCAAUAUUUUUAUUUUUAACGUCCAAGAAAUGUCUGGAAAUAAACUAAACCGUCGUUCCGUACCACAAACAACCACUACUCUCCUUAAAACUACCCCUAACAAUAACGUUUCCAUUAAUAACUUUAACCUUAAAAAGAAUCAUCAUCCCAACAACAUUAAUAAUGGUGAUAUAACUAAUUCUAAUAAGUGGUCUUAUUUGGCUAAUGCCUCAUUUUUACAAUGGACGACUCAAGACGUAUUGGGUUUGUUCAAGUAUCAUCCCGUCCCGUGUUUCUUUGCCGUGUCGUUGUUGUUUUUUAUGGGCGUGGAAUACACGCUCUGGAUGAUACCACCCUCUUCACCACCCUUUGAUAUUGGCUUUGUUGCCACCGUUUAUUUACACCGCGUUCUUGAAUCUAGUCCUAAUCUUAACACCGUUCUUGCCGGUCUUAAUACGGUGUUUGUGGGGAUGCAAACAGCGUAUAUAAUCGGAACAUGGGUAAUUGAAGGACGACCAAGAGCCACCGUGGCAGCGUUGUUCAUGUUCACUUGCAGAGGGAUUUUGGGUUAUUCUACACAGCUUCCCUUACCGGAGGGAUUUUUGGGUUCGGGUGUGGACUUUCCGGUGGGGAAUGUCUCGUUCUUCUUGUUCUUUUCGGGUCACGUGGCAGGAUCAGUCAUUGCAUCACUUGAUAUGAGGAGGAUGUGUAGAUGGGAGUUGGCAUUUCUAUUCGACACCUUGAACCUUCUACAGGUGGUGAGGUUGCUUAGCACCAGAGGACACUACACCAUUGACUUGGCCGUGGGAGUAGGCGCCGGCAUGCUUUUCGAUUCCCUUGCUGGAAAAUACAUGAAGAACGCCACGUUGAGUGAUAAAACAUCAAAUAAUAAUGGAGAUGGGUUGUAUACAAGCCGGCCUUUGUUAUCUUGACCUCGCUAAUUAAGGUCAUGAAAUCAACUGUUGAUAUUUGUACAAUUUGACAAUAUAUAGCUAGUUUUGUGAAGUACAAUUAGUUUGGAUUUUGUUUUUA